GAUGCGCUUGUAAGGAGGGGGAGCCAUGGAUUUAGGAUUUGCAUUUGUUUUAUUAGAGCAAGAGAUCCUCGCAGAAGAAACACCAUGGAGUGACUGACAUGCAGAAUUAAUAGGGGGGGAGACAGACCCUUUUGGUCCAUCGGUGUCUUGUAUUCUGCGUUUUUUGUUUUUGUUUUUUGUUUUUUGGAGCCCCUUGGCGAUCGGUCUUAUUUUCUCUCCGUCAGCGGCUGGUAGGGGAGGCGGAGAGAGAGCCGCGGUGGAAGGCGGCGUAUUAACGCUGUAGCUGGCGUGCAGAAAUAAUUCCUUUUAUUUAUUUUUUUAUUGUUCUUAUUUUUUAUCAUUGUUCUAUUUUGUUUUCGUGGAAUGAAACGGGUCCUUUUGUUUUGCGAUCAGGCUCCCCCAACUUGUGCUUCACUGCAGCAUUUUGCGUCUCUUCCCUCCGUUGCAGAUGAUACGGAGAACCAUAACAGCGGUACCUUCCCACUGCAAUUUUUGGGGGCAAAUAUAAAGAGUGGCGUCGUCUUAUGGCAGAAUAACGAAGAAGGGAGGGGGUCUACAAUUCCUUCCUUAAAAAAAAAGAAGAAACAUUUACAAUGCCUUAUCAUUAGCAGGAAGCAGUGACUGGAUUUAAAAGCCAGCGUCAUCCCUGCUGCAAAAGCUGCUGUUUACCCGCUGAAAAGCAUUUGGGGAAAAAGCAGCGGAUCCCGAUGGCAUGGACACUUAUGCAAGGUCCGCCGCGCUGCCGUGCUACUGCUGGAGCCUACUCGCUUUCUCCUCCUUCAACCCAGGUCCACCGCCAUCGCCCCGCAGCCCAGAGUGCCCUGCCGCAACGCGACCAGCCCCCACCGAGCCAAAGCAGGCGGCAUGAGGCUUGAUCCGGUGCAUCUAUCCAUGCUGCUCAUCGGGGUCUCAUUCGCCUGCUACUCCCCGAGUCUGAAUUCCCUGCAGGACCAAGCUUACAGGUCCGCCGUGGUGAUCGAGGGCAAGGUGCAGUCCACGCCUGCGGGGAACGCGUCCGUGGAGCCGUACCGUGUGAGUGUCAAAGUGCUGGAGGUCUGGCCCCUGAACAGCGGCGGUCUGGAGCGGGAGCAGCUCGUCACCGUGGGGGAGUUCGGAUCCGAGGCUCCGUGCGCCAAAGUGAAAAAGAACCACAAGUACAUCUUUUUCAUGGACCCCACGGACGAGCCCUUGGUUUUCAAGGCAUCGUUCGCGCCCGUUGACACGAGUGGGAAGAACCUGAGGAAGGAUGUGGGGAGGAUCUUGUGUGAGAACUGCGCUGCUGCUCCAAAGUUAAAACCAAUCAAGAAUCCGAUCGUCGUUAGUGAAGGAAACAAGCUUACGGUGAAGUGUGAGGCCACAGGAAAGCCUGUCCCAAUCUACAGAUGGUUUAAAGAUGGCAAUGAGCUGACAAGUAGUCGAAAAGUCAAGAUCAAGUCCAACUUGAAAUCCUCCAAAGUCCAGAUCAACAGAGCGAAACUGGAGGAUUCUGGGAAUUAUACGUGUGUGGUGGAGAACUCGCUGGGGAAGGACAACUCCACUGGCACCGUCAACGUACAAAGCAACGUGGAUUGUACAAUGAGCAACUUCUCUUGCAGCACCACUACAGAAAGGACAAAAGGAACAGUAACCACAACGCUAUCUCCAGGCUCAGGCCAUUCCAGAAAAUGCACUGACAAAGAGAAGACCUACUGUGUGAAUGGCGGCGACUGUUACUUCAUCCCUGGUAUAAAUAAGACUUCCUGCAAGUGUCCAAAUGACUUUACUGGUGAUCGCUGUCAAACCUACGUUAUGGCCAGUUUCUACCAGCAUCUUGGGAUUGAAUUUAUGGAGGCAGAAGAACUCUACCAGAAAAGAGUCCUGACAAUCACGGGUAUUUGUGUGGCUCUGUUGGUGGUGGGCAUCCUGUGUGUGGUUGCCUACUGUAAAACCAAGAAACAAAGAAAGAAGAUGCACAAUCAUAUGCGACAGAACAUGUGUCCUGAACAUCCCAAUCGAAACCUUGCUAACGGACCUAAUCACCCAGGACCCGGCCCGGAGGAAAUCCCUAUGGUGGAUUACAUAUCAAAGAAUGUCCCUGCAACUGAGCGAGUCAUACAGCCCGCGACAGAGCGAUCAUUCCCAGCCAGUCACGCCUCUUCCAGAUCUCACAACUCUUCCACACGAGCCCACUCAUCUACUCAAAGACAUGAGGAACGGACAUGGAGCCUGGAACGUUCUGAAAGUUUCCUCUCUGACUCGCCGGGAAUGAUGUCAUCGUCCGUGGGGACCAGUAAAUGCAGCAGUCCUGCGUGCAUGGAAGCGCGGGCGCGGCGAGCUGCUCACUGUGGUUACUCUGAUCCCCAUCGGCCGGGCCUGCAGUACGGGGACUCGUUCGAUUCGCUGGGAGACUCUCCACACAGCGACAGGUACGUGUCAGCCCUGACAACACCAGCCCGCCUGUCCCCGGUGGAUUUCCAUUACUCGUUGCCCCCCCAGGUGCCUACCUUCCAGAUAACAUCCCCCAAUGCCAGCCACGCCAUGUCGCUUCCUCCUGCUGUCCACAACCCCUAUCCUCCAGAGGAUGACCAGCCGCUGCUGCGCCGCUACCAGGUGCCCCUACAUGAUGCCCAGUGCCAGGAGCCCUACCGGCAGCAGCGCCGCACCUACCUAAAGAACAGCAGGGGCAGCCUGCCCUCCAGCCCCUACCGGCUGGCCGAGGAAGAAGACUAUGAGACCACCCAGGAGUACCUCUCCUCUCGGGAGCAACCAAAGACAAGUGGAUCCAGUGAAACUGGUAGCCGGCGCUGGAGGAGAUCCAGACUGAACGGCCACGUGGCCCCGCGUGGAUACGAGGCAUCUCGGGACUAUGGAUCUCGAAGCUGCCUAACAGAAAGCGAGUCAGAGGAGGAUGGUGAGAGCACUCCCUUUCUCAGUAUGCAGAACAUGAACGCCGAGCCCUCCACCAUCUACAGGCCGGUGGACAGUCGGACUUCUCACUCGUCAGGGUGGCACAGCGGGCGUGGCAACAUGCAUACGAGACUCACACAGUCACGCUCCAAACCGGACAGUACGCCCCAUUAAAGAGUGACGAUGAACCAACAAAAAUCAAUAUAGUAUAGACCUGCAUCUAUAAGAAAUAUUUUUAUUUUAUAUAACUGACAGAUAUUCUAAACAAAUGAAAUAUUUAUUUUCAUUUUAGCAAAAGUUGUCUACUAGUUAACAGCAAAGAAUUUUUUAUAGGGAAAACUCUAUUUAUAUGUACAUUUUGAUUUACAGCAUAAAAAAGAUGUGCCAGUUUUUUCACAACGUAAAAAAAAAAAAAUAGAGUAAUAUUGUGGUGCCUUUUGCUGUUUGCCGAUGCCAGAGGGCCAGUGGAGGUUUUUGUAGCCUUUCUUAUAUGGACGCCUCAUUUUUAUACACAUUUAUGUUCUUUUGUUCUGUCUGAGUUUAUUUUAUUUUUUUUCUGUCUCACUUUCUUUCCAAAAAAAGGCAUUCUUUGAGAAGUCUGUCCCCACUGGAGCAUAACCCCUUCCAUGUCACGCAAUAUAAACCACUUCAACAUAAAGUGUGUGUUUACAUUAAUAUGAUUCGUCCUGUAGGGUUUGGUGGGUCGGGGAUAUAACAGAACGCCUGACAAAUACAAUGUAGAGCAUUUCUGACGUAUGUGCCCUGAAAGACGAAGAAAGAAGAUAGUGAUGUUUGGGUUGAGUGCAGGUACAAAUGAAUCUGUGUGAGCGUAAUGUUGCUUGCAUGCGUUCGUGAAUGUUAGGAGAAUAUCACGUUGUGAGUUUAAAUGUGUGAAUCUCAAGAGAGCUGCCACAUUCCCCUCUUCCCCUUUCCCUCCACUUGUGAAGGUGGACAGGUAAGGCCAGGUUGUAUUAUGCAGGUCAUUGCUUAAUGAUGUGUUUACAACUAUCUGGCCCCAAGUCUUCCCCUAUUCUGUCCUUUUUAAAACAUCCUUGUACGAGGCCAACAAACGCUUAGCUGAUGGGCACAGAGGGGGCAUACCGACGUAGGAGACCAAAACAAAAGAUAGCAUCUGUUUUCACUCAAACGACUUCUACUCCCACAUCUCAUUAUCAUUCUGUUUCCAUUCUGUUUCUGUGGCUUGUUUUUAAGGCCACACAGUGUCUCAGGAUUUCCACAUACCCCGCUACACCCCACACACCCACUUUCAUCCCUCCUCACCCCUUGACUAAGGCCUACCUAAGAUGACGGUUCUCGGAAGUUGAGGACCUGGAGGUAAACACGCAGUCUACCAGUCCAACGCAAAGAAAAGGUGGAAGAGUAAAACAAUGUAGGGAAAUAGCUGUGAAAACUACGGAGGAUCAUACAAUGCAAAAAUAUGCAAACUUUACAUUUUGCUGUUUGACUACAUCAUUUUCUAAGAGGUGACUGUAGUGUGUUGUGUGCUCAAAAAAAUAACUAAUGCCUGUAGAGUAGAAUGAGAAAAAUGGGUGCCUACCUGAGUUAUUUUUUAAAGCCAUUUUGCUAUCCAUUUCUUUUAUCCAUCCUUUACUUGCUCACAGAACAGCUGUGUCUGUGACACAGGAUUUAAUUAGACCACUCCACAUCACACAUACAUUCCCAAAUAUUGUCUCGUCUAGUAGUACUGUGUACUGCUUUGUCUGUUUGACACGUUUUAUCGUUUUGAAUUUAAUCUGUAAAUGAUCGUUUUACCAAGGUGCUCAUAUAUUAAAAUCACCCUCGUUUAAAGUGGAGAUGUGCCAAGAAUCCAACUCAGCUUCUCUGGAGACUGUUCAAUCAAAUACUCAAACUGAUUUUGCAAACCCAAAGGAGAUGACACAUGGAGAUGAGUGCAGUCAGUAGAGUAUUAGUCUGUUUUAUCAAACAUUUCAGCUCUUUUCAGUUUUAUUUUUCAGGCUAAACAGCGUUUGCAGGAAAUCCAGUGAUCUGUCUUGUUGGAUUUUAGUAUGUCCCUUGCUAUAUGAGAUGUUGUGCGUGGUAAGGUUUCGCGUUAAACAUGCUACUUACCUUGGCACAUAAACCAUCUAUAACCAGAGACCAGCUUUUACAAGUCAGCUGAUGCUAUGACAGAAAUGACAUCACAGGGAGAAUUUGACCUCAACCGCCCCAAACCGCUUCACUAUUUGAUCCAUUCAUAAAACACAUGGCGAGAAUAAAAUAUUUCUACCUAUUUUCAUUAUCAAUGAGGAAUUUGAAAAGGAAGUCUAAGGAAGUAUGUAGAUGUAAGAAAUUAUAUAAACUGAAACUAUUUUUUAUUGUUGAUAUGUUUUUUCAUGCUGCAAAAUUAAAGAGCAAGUAUUAUCCAGAUGUUGGGGAUUUUGCUCCCUCAUCACCGAUUUUUACUUUUGCACUUUACAUAGUUUCCCCCCCGUUUUAUUAAUUAUAAGAAAGAGCCGUCAGGCAGUGGACAUCAAUUGGUGACUCUAUUAGAAUAUUUAUCAUUUAAAGACCAAUCUUACAAAUUUUGAUGUAUUAUUCAACAUGUUUUCAGACUCAAACAUUAAAGUUUCUAUAGUUUUUCUCAGUGAGCAGCAUGUGCUUCAUUUUUUUACUUUUACAUGGAUUAAAAAAAAAUAAACAUGUAAAAACCACCGAAACAGAUAUAAAUAAAAUUUGAGAAUGUAUUUUAGCUCAUUUUUGUCACAUCCAGAAAUAAGAUCUAAAAUUGUGACUUGUGAAGAAAGUUCAUUUGUAAUCCUAAACAUCACUGGGGUGCUUUUUACAAACUUUUUGCUUUCCCAAAAUGCCCUUUGCCUUUUAGAAUGGCUGUUACAAAUGUACACACUUCUCCAAUUGCAUAAAUUAGAAGUCAAAUUAUUGCUAAGCCAAUAGCUACUUUGCAUAGUGAGGAGCUGACAAAACAAUGUUUUGCUACAUUAGCAAAGAAGCAAAUUGACUUGGAGUUGAUUCCUGUAGAUACCAGGUCAGCCGAACACAUUACAGAAAAUAUUCUCUGGAUUUCAGAAUCUUUAGGUAAUGGUUUACAUUGUCUUGGGAACACACACAGAGACUGGUGUUCAUAUCUACUAAUGCUAAGAGCACUAAUCACGCUAACUCCUAACAUAACAUGCUAAAUUCAGCUUUAAAAGGGCAUGCCAUCUGAUUUUGUUUUGGAUUAAAAGAGUAAACCCAUUUUAAAGCCUGUGCUCUCAAUAGGAUGUCAACUCUAUGACGGAGACAGAUAACAGAAAAAAUCUAAACAGAAAACGGUCACAAGUCUCUCAUCGGUGCAUCUCUACUUUAAAGGGACAUGGUAAGAAAUUAAGCCAACGAUCACAUAUCACAGCUGGUCCUUUUUUUCUUUUUAAGAAAAAACUGAAUACUGAAUUGUCCCAUGAAUAUUGACCCACAACUGUCAAAAAAAUGUAUCUGCAUUUUGGAAAAUGCACAGAGGUAUUGUUAUAGACAGCGAUUUCUGGUCACACCUCCAUCACAUUUUAAAAAUAUUUCAUCAGGUUUCUCACCUGGGUCGAAUUUUGUUUGCCUGAAUGAGAUGAGAGACGACUCCACACCUCUAGUUCAAAUGUGACACCCUGUUCACGUCACCAAUCCUCUCAGAUAGUUGAUACGGUACCAGGCAUGUCCUGCCAGUCUCUUCUUUUUUUUAUUUUAUGAUCCCCACCCAUCCACGCCUACAUGCACACACACAAACAUACACCUGACCCCACCCCUCGCUUGAAAUGUUUGAACACCUCUCCUCUGCAUGUCUUUGUGAUCAAGGUUAGCUGGGUGCAUGGAUACUGAAAAAAAAAAAUAAGGAAGAAAAAUAAAGCAGCAGACAAUUAUUUUGAGUCAGUGAAUGUGCAUUUCAUUUAACAUUCAGCAAUAAAAAGGAAUCCUUACCCCCUCUUCAUGUCAUUCCUGAAAUAUGCUAGAAAAAAAUAAGUUAAAAAUGCGAGACUGUCAUAGAUUGUAAAAUAAAGUGAAAAAUGAAUCCACCUGUUCAUAUGAAAAAUAAAUCUUUAUUCAUAUCA